AUUCAGAAUACUCGAAGUAUACAUGUCCUCAUUUGUGAAGUGGUACAUGGUAUCUGGACAUAUGAUAUAGAUACAAAUGUUAUUUUAACAGAAACUGUUAUUGGAAUUCUUACGAGGAAUUUAAACACAUGGAAGCUUAAAAUGGAACUCGUUUUACUUGCGGCUUUAUCGGUUUGGAUAUUAAAACCUUUUACUUACUGUUGAUCUUAAGGUAUUCCUACACAAAGGAAAGAGUCAAAUGGUACCGAUCUAACUACUUUCGUCGUGAGAAGGUUCGCGUUUUUACUCCGUCGAUGAACCCGUAUUACUACACAGCAAGCCAUCCGUGUAUUUUAUCCGGUCAACAAGAUCACUAGUAAAAUAAUUGACGUAUGUUGUUGAUACAGUGAAUUAAAGUAUUUGCAAUUGGAAAAGACCGGGUAAUUUAUUUACCAGCUUUUAUUUGAAGACGUUUCUCACAUACUUACUGUUAUAUCAAUAGAAUCAAGAGAAGGACGAGGCGCUAUAUAUUGUGUAGUACAUUGUACAACUGAAGAGAGCAAAGCACCAUGUUACCUUAUCGGUAAACAGCACCACAGAAGGACUCCAAUUCGUCACAUACAAUUUAAUGUGUAGCAUGAUUAGAGUUACUGAUUCUGUAAGUUUUGUUUAUCUAACAAAAUGACUCUCAUGUCAAAGAGUGUUAAUGUUGUUAAUGUCAUAGUGCUGACGUUGCUGGCCGUGACGUCAUUAGUUCGGGGGUCGACUCUGUCCGACGUGACAAAGCUACAGACGGAUCUGCUAAUAGGCUAUAAUAAGUAUUUACGGCCUGCCGAGGACACUUAUCAACCAGUCUAUGUCAACAUCACAUUUUUUCUCGUUGGAAUAAGAGAUUUCGAUGAAGUGACUGGUAAAUUUGCCGUGACUUCUUUUAUGUCUGUCACGUGGACCGACAGUCGUAUGACAUGGAACCCCACAGCCUACAACCACACAUAUUAUCUUCCCUUUUUUGGGAAUCAAGUUUGGAAACCAAAUAUCAUCCUGGUUAACCCAUUUAAUUCCGUAAGUAAAGUUGGUGAGGAUUUCAUGGAGAUCCGAUACAUGUUCAAUGGUGCUGCUUACUGGUCACCUGGUGAUGUGAUGAGUAGCGCGUGCGACAUUGACGUGACGUAUUACCCUUUUGACACACAGAAAUGUAUUUUGCGUAUAAUGCCAUGGGGAUCCCCAAGCUCGGAAAUGGUGUUUCUCGCUACUACUGAAAAGGCUGAUCUCGCGUUCUAUGCUUCCCAUGGUACCUGGGAUUUGUUAGCAGCUAGAACUGAAUCCGUGAUCUCGGGUGGGUUGUCUUAUUACAACGUGGAAAUAACAAUGAAAAGACGACCUUUGUUUUUCGUCGUAAACAUCGUUUUGCCUAUUCUGUUCAUGGCCUUUUUGAAUUCCCUUGUCUUCAUUUUACCAGUCGAAAGUGGCGAGCGCGUAUCUUAUGCCAUCACAGUUUUGCUUGCAAUAGCAGUUUUCUUGACGUUAGUCGGGGAUAACUUGCCAAAGACGUCUCAGCCAAUGUCAAUCUUAUGCUACUUCCUCUUGAGUGAUCUUAUAAUGAGUUCGGUCGUGUCUAUUGUUACCAUUCUAGGAUUACGGAUCUACUAUAUCGACGAUCGACCUGUUCCAAUGUGGCUUUGUCGCGUGGUCGUCUGCCUCAGCUGCGGAUCUAACCGAAAACGAAAUUCGACGGAACGUGUCACACCGUCCCCAGAUACAUUGUCCUCUCCUCACCUCAGGUUUGAUGACGUAGAGGAAAAGAAACCUCCUCCAAGCAGGAAAAUUGUCACUGGGAGGCGACAGAUUACUACAGUAAUGAACGUGAAGGCUCGGAACACAGAUAUAAGUAUAUUUGAUGAAAAACCGGAAGUACAUCCAUUACCAGUCGAAGAGCAACCUCACGUGACAUGGAGACACGUAAAUCACGCCCUCGACAAAAUCACAUUUGUGUCUUGUAUGAUCUGGAUGGUUGUAAUGUGUCUUGCUUUUUUCAUUACAGUUUCAAAUGCAUGAUAGUGGUACAUUAGGAAUACUCUACCGGUAGGGCAAAGUUUCUGAAGAAACCACAAUAUAAAUAACUUUUGUUUGAUUUUUUAUAUAACGAUGGAUCCUCCUGCAACAGUAAUAUUUCUUAGGAAUAAUAAUUUACAAACAGGGAAAUAUCAAGUCAUUUUCUGUUUAUGGUGAAAUGUUUCAAAAAAACUCAAGGGUUGAAAGAUGAAAUAAAUACCCUUUUGUAAUUUGACGUCUACUAGGCAUAGUAAUCGCAGGCGUGAACAUUCUGUGCAUACGUAUGGAUUUUGAAGAUUGAAUCAUGAAUCAAUCACAGUUCUUAAACUUAUGUAAACUUAUGUAAACUUAUGUCUUCAAGACAUAAACAUUACAAAUUUCAAGGGACAAAAUAGCAAUAGUCAAUCAUACAUAUAUGAUACCCAAUGGUUGAGACAACAUAAUGGUUUUAGUAUGAACUAACAAUAGAUGGUUGUAUAUGUAUAUAUUAUAACUAGUAAUACGUUAUUGUCGUGCAGUCAGUGACAAUACUCAGAUAACCAGUACGUAUAAUGUGUGGAAUAUAUAAGAUGUAAACGUCAUUUUUUUUUACAAAAUUCUAAAGAAAGAUAUAUCAACUUAAUUAUAUAAAUCCCGCUUGUUGGCCCAGAUGGUAGCGCGCAAGGGGUCUAUCUGCGGGAGGAAACCGGAGUACCUACAGGGUCGGGCAGAUGACUCCAUAUCUUUUCACGUCCGAUCAAGGAAUCGAACCCCGGCCGCAUAGGUAAAAAACAAGUGUGUUGCCACUGUGCCAACCACCAUUAGAUAUAUAUUAGUAUACGACUACAGAUUGUAGUUUGUAAACAACCGUAUUCCUUCUCAUUGUUGUAUACCAGGUAUUUGAUAUAAAGUACUCUGAACAAGCUUUUUUCAUACUAACUUGAUCAUAUUGAAGAGCAGGUAACAGUGUUCAUUCAAUUCCAAUUAUAGGCAUAAUGACCAUGUGCAACAAAAACUUUGUUGAUCGUGUCGAUCGGAAAUGCCCUGAAGAAUUUGAUAUCAGGGACACAACAGACUCUUUAACAUCAGUCACUUACCUCUAUCUUUACUAACGAAGUAGCAGGGGCAGCUUGUAACUAUGCCGUAUGAUAAGGGUGAUGGUUUCAAUUUCAAACGUUAAUUUUCCAUUUCUAGAUAGUAACAUACUUGCAUUCUCUAUCUACGGAGUUAACAUGUUGCUAUUGGUUCGAUAUUCAAGGGCUUGUUACCAUUGCCACAAUUUCUUAGAGAUAUAUCGACAACUGACAGGAAAUUAACAACAUAAGCGUAAGGCUUCGAGAGCCACACGUUGAUGUAGACCACGGAAAAGUUAAAUGGUUGCUUUCAUGAUCCCAUUUGGAAAGGUUCUUAUUCCUUAUACGUUAAGAAGUCAAACGUGUUUGAUCCUUUUUGAUAUGCCUAGUAGCUCCGUUGUCGCCACCCUAACUCGUAUUUGUUAUUGUGACUUAACCCUUAUUUGACCUUUGACCCUUCCAGAGCACCUGGUCUUAUCCUUGACCUUUGUCAGGAGUUUUCAUGUAAAUCUAUGUUUUUAUUUUUGCAUCAUUUAACCGAUUUUGAGUUUGAAUAAUGAUUUAGAUAUUAUAUCGGUAAUUUUUGUUUUACAGAAAGUGCAUUUUUAGCGGUAUUAUAUUUUAGCGUUGUUUUGCGCGCUGAAAGUACUCCACUAAAGAAUGAUUGCCCUAAGUGCAGUAUAUUGCUUUCAAAGGCGCGCCACUUCAAUAUUGUGCUAAUCUGGUUAAAUACGGUAAUGAACUAAAAUUAAAGAUAAGUACAUGUUUAUUAUUAUUUACCACGAAUAUAUUUUCAUUUUGAAUUUUCUAUUUUUAGCAUCGCACAAUAGAAAGUUUAUGCUUGGCAAAGAAAAGGAAAGACUAGAUGUAGAAGCGAUUUAUGUCUUUCUGUUUCAAGCAAAAAGGAACAUUAUAAUAUACAUUAUUAAUUAACUUAUUGCAUAUUGGUAAAAAUAUGAAAAAACGGCCCAAUCAAUAUCACUGGAAAACUUGGCCAAUAUGGGCAAAUCUGAGCCAAUAUCAUAUUGGCCCAGUUUUCUCGUAUUGGCUCAGUUUUUCGAUAGCAUCCAGUAGUACAGUAUCAAUUGCAAAUUCUGAACAGGGUUAUCUGCCCUUUUCUCUCUCUUAUCUGGUGCAAACACUUAUGCCGCCACGGAAACAAAUGAAAUAUUCCCAUCAGUCUAGAUCUCUAUCCAGCUCUCAAGAAUAAAUUAAAUUAAUUGAACUGACUCAUUAUAAUGAUUCUUGUUAGAAUGUUUUUAUUGAAUUAAUUGUUGUCAUUAAAUUUGUUGAACUGAUUAUUACAUGUAUUGUUGUCAUUAAAUGUUAUUUGGCAAAAAUAUGCGUUUUUUCAUAUUUUUACCAAUAUGCAAGUAGUUAAUUAAUAAAAGAGUCAUUAAUUAGCCAAUUCCAUAUUGGCCCUGUUAUUAGGCCUCGGUCUGUCAAAUUGGCCCACGGCCUGCGGCCUCGGGCCAGUAUGACAGACCUUGGCCUAAUAAUCAGCCCAAUAUGGAAUUGGCUGAUUAAUAACCCUAUAUUAUUAAACAUAUAUUAGGUUAUUCUUGUCAUUGUGUAUUUAUCUAUUUAUCGACAAUGUCCAUACCAAUACAGGACAAAGAAAAUACCUUUUGAUUUUAGCAUAUACAAUAUGUACAUUAUAGCCCACACCUUUGUUUAUUUCCUUUUAAAAAAUCACAGUGUUAAGCUUAUCUGUAUGAAAUCAUUACAAAUAUAUUUUUCUGGCUUGUUGUCAUUUUACUUUAAUCAUAUUAUUUUAUCCUGCUUGAUCUGGUACAUGUAGCUGGUACCGGGAUGCUUGUAGGAUUAUUCCUAUAUGUUAUAAGAUAUCUAUGUUCAAUAAAGCAUUAUCACUAUUUC